UGUCAACUUGACAGUUGAGGUUAGGAACACAACGUAUAACCUACAAAUUUUGACAACAGUUUGUUUACAUCCAGUUAAUUUUGUUGUAGUUAAAAAUGGGUGAAAGAAAAGGUGUAAAUAAGUACUACCCCCCCGACUACGACCCAAAGGUCGGGGGGCUGAACAAAUUCCUCGGGACCCAUGCCCUACGUGAAAGGGCCAGAAAGAUAGACAAGGGCAUUAUUAUAAUCCGUUUUGAGAUGCCCUACAACAUUUGGUGUGAGGGUUGCAAGAAUCACAUUGGCAUGGGUGUUCGAUACAAUGCUGAGAAGACCAAAGUUGGGAUGUACUAUACAACCCCUGUUUAUGAGUUCAAUAUGAAGUGCCAUUUGUGUGAUAACCAUAUAAUUAUGAGGGCUGACCCUGCGAACUUGGAUUAUUUAAUUAUGUCAGGGGCAAGGCGACAGGAAAACAGAUGGGACCCACUUCAGAACGAACAGGUUGUGCCAGAAACCAAAGAGACACAAAAACGACUAUUCGAUGACCCAAUGUACAAAUUAGAACACGGGGAAGCAGACAAAAGAACUGCAGAAAGUGCAAAACCAAGGCUAGUUGAGUUAUUUAAUAAAAAUGAGUCACAGUGGGCUGAUGACUACACAUCAAACAGGAAAUUGAGGGCUGACUUCAGAAAACAAAACACGGCAAUCAAAACCCAAAAAUCAAAAGAUAAUGUGCUACUAAAAAAGUCUAGUUUAGAUAUUCCAUUACUGCCAGAAAGAGAAGAAGAUAAAAGACUAGCAUCACUGUUAAGUGCCAAAUUAAAACCUGUGGAAGACGUGGUGAAAACUACAGAACGUGUCCGCAAAAGGAUUAUAUCUCAAUCGUCGUUGCCCACCUAUAAAUUUAAUAAGGAAACAGAGAGCAAGGCUCUAAAAGUGUUAAACAGUCCAUCCAUAGAUUUAGGCAUAGUCCAUAAGAAGCAAAAAACCGAAAGUUCCUCACAAAGCUCAAAAGCAGUCCAAUCUUUAGUUGGAGAUUAUGGAUCUAGUACAGAUUCUGACUAAAACGCCUUUUAAUUUAAUAAAAAAAUAACAAUUCUGUUAUUAUUAUAUUUAAUUACUAAUAGAUUAAUAUAAUAAUUUGAAAAAUAUAAAUCUAUUGGUAAAAGUUAUUUUUCACCAUUUUUGUAUUUUUUGUUGUUUUUAGAAAAUUAGGUGAUUUGUUAUUGUUAAUAAAUGCAAUUUAUAUUUUA